ACCUAGCAAUCUACUUAACUAAUAAAAGGAUGGAGAGGAAGAGAAGAAAGGGAAUAAGAAUCGUCCAAGGUGCUGAUUCAGCCUUAGGGGAAGUGUUGAGUAGUAUGGUCACUCAACUAAAGGAGUUGAAGGACAAAGUGAAGUCAAGAAAAGUGAUGGCAGUUGAACAGGUAACGAAUAAGAGAAGACAUGAGGAGGAGAGUAAUGCAAGUAAGGGGGAAGCGAAAACUGAAACGGUAACGCAAGGCAAGAAGACCCAAAAGCAGAACCAGAACCAGACACCAAAGAAACAGGGGACAGGAAAGGGACAAAGUUCACAACAGACUGGGGGAACAAAUGUCGCAGGAACAUCAGCCCCGGUUCCUCCAUUUGGACCAUGGCCAGUGGUGACUCCUAUGGGGGCAUGGCCGGGAUAUUACCCCGGGAAUCAAUGGUCGGGUUUUGGACAAAUUGGGAUGAAUCCAAACUUACCCCAGGUUCAAGGAGCUGGGGUGGGACCAUCCCAGGGGCAAGGAGCAAACGGAGGAUCGCCACAACAGGUUCUGCCGCCACAAAGUAACCAAGGUCAAUUUCAAGGACAGGGACACCGUCAACGACACGGUAAAGGGAGAAAUGGAGGAAGAGAAAAUGACAAUGGAGGAAGAGGAUUUGGAGGAAGAGGAAACGUUGGACAAGGUGGGAAUUGGGAAAAUCAAGGAGGAAAUCAGGCUGGGAAUUUCAAUCAGUCAAACUUUAAUCAAAUUGGACAAGGUUACAACCAAGGUUAUGGUCAAGGUUACGGUCAAGGCUAUAACCAGAAUUACGGUAGAGGGUUUGGAAGGAGUGACGGACAAUGGAAUGGUCAAGGGGUCGGAAGAGGAUGGAUAGACUACAGCGAGUGCGUAUGUACGCACUGUACGAUAAAAGGACAUACAAUAAGGAGAUGUCAUGUUAGGAGGAUGGAUGAGCAAGAUGGCUUGAUCACAUCAAGUAUCGACGGUGAUGUGGUCGAUAAGAGAGGAGAUAAGAUCGAUCCAAACAUCCCUGGGGGCAUGAGAAAAGAAGCCAUUAGAGUCGCAGGGCUUGGACCCAGCGCCCCUGCCAUGUUUCGUAUAUGGCAGGAGAAGGAAGACCCUUUUAUCUGGGUGGAGGAAGUUGAUGAACUAAGUGACCAGUUGAAGAAAGGAGCGAGGAUUAGCCACGAAGAAGAGAAUACGCCACUAGUCAAAAUUGAGCCAGACGAAGAUAUUGUAGUUAGAGAGUCAGCAAGGGAAACCCUGGGAAGAAUGGAAGACAUGAUAGAUAAGAUGGGAAGGUUAAAUGUGAAAAUGUAUGACAUCUGCGAAGAGGUAAGGAACUUGGAAAUGAGGGUGCCGCACGUAUUCACAAUGGGUCGAGAAGGAGAAAAUGAUGAGCCUAGAGCUCUUAACCCCAGAGCAUUAAAAGCUAUUCUGGCGGCUGGUUCGGAAGCUACUUACCAAGCACUGAGGAACUUUAUUCCUCAUACUGCACGAAGACCUAAAGGAGGAAGCGCGCCCAAGGAACCAACGCAGGCUCCUGUACCACCUCAAGGGGUAGCCUCUAUUGAAAUAGAGGAAGAAGAAGAGGAGGAACAUGAUGAGUUGCCUAAGGAGGACGAGAACAAACAAGCUGAGCUGAAGGUUAAAAGGCGGAAGAUUGAUGGUAAGGAAGGAAAGGAAAAAGUUGGGGAGAAGUCGAAGAAGAAAUGGAAGUACCAGACGUCGAUUGAAGAAGGCGUUGAUCUGGAGAAUCUGGUAAAUAAGCUUCUUGAGGGACAUAAUGAGUUGUUAAAUUUAAAAGAGAUUUUGGCAACUGCACCUAAGCUCAGGGAACUGGUAAAAGCUAAACUGGCAAGAAAGAGAGUAGCGACGGUAAGGAUGGGCGACCUGAUCCCCAAGGAAGUCAACUGGACUGUGGCAGGGAGGAACAAGAACAGGGCUGAUGGAUUAAGCAGGAUAGAGUGGAAAAAGUCUGGGGAUGCAAAGGAAGAGACUCCACCAGUGGAUGGAUUCCUUGAUGGAGAUGAUAUGCAGCUCCAUUUGAAUUCAUGGAGACUAAGUGUUAAUGAUAGGAAUGCAAGGAGAGGAAAGUCCAUGUGGUACGCCCUAACAACUUUUGUAAAGAUCGAUGGGUUGGUGUUGAAACCUUUCAUUGAAGAAGACGCAUGGGGAGAAAGGAAUGGAGAAUGGAUGAAAGAGUUGGCUCUGGCUGAAACCUACAGGCUGACUGACGAUCCAGUAACAAUUGAGGCAGGAACGAAGCAGGUAGAUCAGCACCUGCUGACAAUGGGGAGAAUACACUACCUCGUCAACUCACUAUUACAAGUACAGGCUGACAAUAAGGAAGAGGUAGUAAAGGCAGACGAGAUAGUGUUAUGGGAUGAUUUCGAAUUUGAUGAAGAGAUGAAAGGAGAAGAGUUUGAACAAGGAGAAAUCUCGAAGAAUUUCCGGGAAGAAGAAUAUGAUGGGUUCCACUUGCUCUCAGGGGAUAAACGUGAAAGAGAUGUUGAUAAGAAAAAUUUCCGUAUGAGAGAUCAUUACUUAGUGAGGGGAGGCCAUCUCUUCAUCAAGGACAAAAGGGGACCUCCUAAGAGUCCUAGGAGGGUCAUUUGUGGCAGGAAUCGGCAGAUCGAUGUGAUAGCAGCGCUUCAUGAUGGACCCGUAGGAGGUCACAGAAGUUUCGCCACUACCAUCAAGAAGGUGACCGAACUGUACUUUUGGGAAGGCAUGUAUGGAAUGAUCCGAAAGUACUGUGAAUCGUGCGUUCCCUGCCAAAUCAGAUCUCCAAUCAGGUGMAAGGAACCCCUACAUCCGAGAUAUAUCAAGGAUGUGGGGUCAGUGAUCCAUCUGGAUCUCCUUACAAUGUCAUUGGGACUUGGAGGCUAUAACUAUAUCUUUGAUGCGCGAGAUAACCUUACAGGAUUUGUUGAUGGAAAGGUCAUCCGAACCACGACAGGAGCAGUCUUGACAGAUUGCAUCAAAGAAUAUUACCUCCGGUAUCCUUUCGUUGUGGAGUUUACAAUGGAUAGGGGGUCUGAGAUUACGUGUGGGGAAGUGAAGGAGCUGCUGGACGACCUAGGAGUUAUUGCCAAGUACACGACCAGACCACAUCCGCAAGCGAAUGCACCGGUUGAAAGAGGGCAUAGUACGAUCACCAAUUUACUGGCGAAGUGGACAGCAGGGAAGCCAAACCUGUGGCCCAAGUUCCUAAGAACGGUGUUUUUUGUCGAGAACAUUACAGUCAAGGGAACCAUAGGUUAUGCCCCUUCAACCCUGUGGUAUGGAAGGCAUGCCACAUUUCCUAUAGAGAGUUUCUUAAAGACGUGGCGAAGGCAGGAUCUCGAGAAUGAUAUGCCUCUGGAGGAAUUGCUUGACAUCAGGGUCAGGCAGCUGGUAACGAAGGACUCGAAACAAAUGCUUGUCUACAAGGAAGGGGACAAUCUGAGGAUCUUCCUGAGGGAAUUCGAGGAGAAUGCCUUCAUAAGAGAAUGGAGUACUCGGACCAUGCUCGAACAGGUGGCAGGAUUGGGGGAGUGCAAUGAAGUGAUAGAUGAGAUUGCCUUGGAAUGUCUGGGAUGGUUGGAUUUCAAGGCUGGUAUGUGCGCGAAAUAUGGGGACUUGGCAAGGGAUGAGAUCGAAGAUGAUAUCAUUUUCGAUGACACAAACUUGGAAGAUUUUGAGGACAGCAUCCGCCUAUGCUCAGAAAAAAGAAGGUGGGGUGAACGAAAGAUGAUGGAGCAGGUGUUGAGGAGGAUAGCACCAAGGGAAUAUGAGGCGGUAAAGAGGAUCAAAGAGGAGUCAGACACCAGAGACAGCUUCCUUGUCAAGAUGAGAAAGGCCUAUCCCUUGGAGGUGCAGAGACAGAAGAAGAAACAGUUACUUCAGGAGCAGGGAUUGUAUAUUGGCAAGAGGGGAGAGAGGAUAGAAAGGAGAGCUCAGAAGGAAGAUAGGGAAAAUAUCACGACCUCUCAGCAGGGGAAUGAUGAGGACAGAGCUCAAGGUGAAGAUGAGUCAAUAAAAGAAGACAAGACACAAAUGGAGGGACAUGAUGGUAAGGAAAUGGAAGGCAAUGACAAGGCAGGAGAGGUGAAAAAGAGAGACGAGAAGGUGAAGGGAAAGGAGAAGGACAAUGAGGAGAAUGAAAUGGCAGGACCUUCUCGAACUGCAGAAGAACCUACUUCCAAUGAGCCUCCAAAGGAACGAGGCACAAGGAGAUGGACAGAGGAAAAGAGGCAGAGAAAAGAAAAAGAAAACAGGGAAUGGAGGAAUUUGGUUGUGACCUCGUUAAGAAAAAAUGAGUUGCCUUCAGACGCACACUGGAGCUUGAAGUUGGAAAGAAAGAUAAUCUCUGAAACCGUAAUCAGCUCCAAGCUAGCAACUGAURUGGACAGAUUGAUCCGGUUGAAUCAGCUACUCAGGGACGAUUGUGAAUGGAUCCUUGAGGGGGAAGCAGAAGUAGACAGCAGGUUGAGAAAAGUGGUGGAAGAAAAGAGAAAGGAAUUAGAAGUUCCCAUUCAGGAGCUUCAGGAUAGGAUGAAGGAAAAAACAGAAUUAUCCACUCAGGGAGUAGCAAGCCAUGUCUCUGAAAUCCUGAAGGAAAUUCAAAGGUUGAGGGCAAAAGAAGAAAAAAGGGACCUGCAGUGGGCAAAGGUGAAAAAAAAGAUGGAAAGUUUGAAGACAGAAAUGGAAAAGGCAAGGAUUGAACGAGGAAAGCUGGAAUUGAAGGUGGAGGCACUGAGCAUUGCUCUUGAAAAUAAGAGUAAAGAGACAGAGACAGAAAGGAUGGAGAAAGAAAAGUUGGAAAAAGAAAUUGAAAAAUUGGAGACAAAGGUCAAUGAACAAGGAAAGGCAAUUGAAGAAAGCAAAAAGAAGCUGGAAAAUAAGAAGGGGGAGAAGGUGGAAGAAGCCUUGGAAAAGCCAACAGAGGAUAUUCAGACGAAGGUUGGAGUGAAGGAUAUUCAGAAAAAUGAGGACAUGAGGAAAAACCUGAGAAUAGAGAAAGUAGAGAAGAGACUUGAGAUUAACAGACAGGACAAGGGAUUAGAGGUAAGAGUUGUCACCUUGUCUGAAAAGGAUGUUGGGGAAACAUCCCUAACUGAUUGCAGAGUGGGACAGGAUAGGAAGAGAUCCUACCUUGAGACAUUGAUUGGGGCAGCAUCACCGGGUAUCCCAUCAUCUGCAAAGAGGACAAAGGAAUAGGAGAAAAAAUUAUGUUGGUAUUGCAUGAAGGGAAUC